AUGCCUGAGCCAGUGAAAUCUGCUCCUAUGUCCAAGAAGUGCUCUGAGAAAGUGGUAACCCAGACCCAGAAGAAAGGGGAUAAGAAGCGCCGCAAGACCAGGAAGGAGAGUUACUCCAUUUAUGUCUACAAGGUGCUGAAGCAGAUUCACCCUGACACCGGCAUCUCUUCUAAGGCCUUGGACAUCAUGAAUUCCUUCAUCAAUGACAUCCUCGAGUGCAUGGCUGGGGAGGUGUCCCACCUGGCGCAUUGUAACAAGCACUCCACCAUCACCUCUCGAGAGAUCCAGACCGCCGUGCGCCUGCUGCCCAAGGAAUUAGCUAAGCACUGCGUGUCAGAAGGUACCAGGGCUGUGACCAAGUAUACCAGCUCCAAGUAA